AUGGAUGAUAACUUCGGAAAGUCGUUUGCGAAAGCCCAGCAGCUCCAUGGUAUCUCUUUGAGCUCCUUUAUCGCAUCGGUUUCCCUUUCUGCAUUCAUAUUCACACUUGAAGUUCUUCUAUUUCUCGUCAUUCACAAGCGCUUCCCCGAUUUCUACACUCCCGUUCCAGAUCAUCUAAACUGGAGAUCUGGAAACUGGAAAAAACACAUUGCAACCAAUCUUGUUCGAUUUGACUGCCGCAAGGAACAUCUUGAUAGAUACUUUUUCCGCCGGUACCUACGAUCAUUAGCUCUUAUAUUCACUCCGGCCUCGAUCCUUAUACCGCCUAUCCUCAUCCCUUUAAACUACACUAAAGGAAAAACUGCCGUUCUUGGAGUGAGCGGACUCGACGCAUUAGGAUGGUCUAACGUCGGUCUUGACCAGGCAGAUCGUUACUGGGCUCAUCUCAUCCUUGGUUUGCUUUUUAUCGGACAUGUUUGCCGGGUUAUCUGGAGCGAGUUUGAAUUUUAUGUUGCAACCCGGCAACACUCACCAUACGCGGCUUUGUGCACAGUACUCAUCGAAUCUAUACCCGACGAUUGGAUGUCUGAAAAAGCACUUACAUCUCAACUCGAAGUCUUCCCUAGUCUAGUUACUUCAAUUUCUUUCAAUCGUGACUACAGCCCAGUUUCCCGGUUAGCAGAAAAACGGGAACGCCUAGCUCGAGCCCUCGAAAUUGAAGAGAUUUCCUGGAUAAGGAAAGCUUGCAGGGCAGGGGUUCAGAAAAAAAGCAAGAAAUUAAGCUUUCUUAAAAGGCCCAGGCACCUGAGCUACCGAUUAUGCAACCUCUUGAACCUAUUGACCUGGGUCAAACAUGAAACGGUCGAUACUAGCAUGGUGUAUCAGGAAGAACUUCUUAACACUAGUGAGAAGAUGAACGUUUAUCGUACAGCACCAGAGAAAUUUCCGCUAUUGCGGUCCGCCUUUGUUACCUUCUCCAACCCACUGGCUGCUAAUAUGGCGUGCCAAACGGUGAUUCAUACCAGCUCAGGUUAUAUGACACCUCGCACAAUGCCUUUAUCGGUAGACGACGUGGUAUGGAGCAAUGUCAACAUCACCUGGAGGGACAGGACUAUACGCACUGUAAUUUCGAACACGCUUAUUAUGGCGAUGGCGACUGCUUUUGUAAUACCAGUAGCGCUGGCAGGGCUCCUUUCCCAGAUCAUCUACAUGACUCAGGCGGUGCCUUGGCUUAGCUGGAUCAACGAGCUUCCAGAGUCCUUCCUUAGUCUACUUCAAGGUGUAUUGCCCCCCGCAAUAGUGGCCGUCUUCACGAAAGUAUUUGUCGUCGCACUAGAAUAUUUUGUCCGAAAGCAGGGCAUCUCUUCCAGGAGCCAUAUCGACCUCAAGAUGCAAGACUAUUACUUUUAUUACCUCUUUCUCCAAGUUACCCUCGUGGUUUCGUUGUCCGCAGGAGUUACUGCUAUCGCGAACGAGAUGAUGCACGGAGCCUCGCUGGCCGGGACGCUGGCUAAGAAUCUACCAAAAGCAAGCAAUUACUUCUUGUCCUAUAUUCUCCUGCAGGCACUCUCGAUCAGCGCAAAUUCUUUGCUGAGAUUCGAUCGCUUGAUAGGAAAAUUUGUACUUGGCCCAAUGUUUGACAAGUCGGUCACUCAGAUGAAGAUAAGAAGAAGCGGCCAGGAUAUCCAGUGGGGCACUUUUGUACCUGUUUUCACGAACCUCUCUUGUAUUGGUAGUAUCCUGCUUACUAAGCGGGAUCACGGGGGCCUCUUCUAUCCCAAAGCGCUCAAACAUCUUUUGGUAGGCUUGUAUUUAAUGCAAGUGUGUCUUAUUGCUCUCUUUCUUCUUGUACGAGACUCACAGGGCAACGCUAAGUGUAUUGGGCAGGCAUGUGUUAUGGCGCUUGCUACGGGACUAACCAUGGUAUACCAUCGCUUGCUUUGCAAAGCGUUCAAUCCGCUGCUAAUCUUCUCCCCCACGGCACUUAACAAGAAUCUAGCCAACAAGGCGAUGCCGUCGCCUCUCUUUCUCCAUAAGGCCCUUACGUCAGUUCCAGUCAUCCGCAUCCCUAGCGAUGAUCAUGGGAUUAGCACUGCUCGAGCGCUGCAGCUCAGAGAUGAACUAAAAAGUGUGACAAUAUCCGAUACGGACGCAGUUAUGACUGCAUCAGGCAAGGUGUACUUGAAUUAG